AUGAAUAACGGAGGCCCAGGCCCAGGCCUGCAGUCACAAGCCGACCUUCCCUGGGACUCACUGAUCGACACAUUCCCAUUCCUCACCAACCAAGCCUACCAAGCACUCUCCAUUCAACUAGAGUUCUUCCACAACAUGAGUAGCAUGAACCUCCCUAUGCCCCAAGAUGCUAGCGCAAAAGAAAAGUUGAUGGUAAUCCUCAACAAAGCGAAAAUAGUCAAUGACCUCAUGUCAAGUUUGACUCACAGCGCUGAACUUCUUAUGGAUCUGAAGGAUAUAGAAUAUGACGAGGUCGUCAAUGCAAGGAGAGAUGAAGUUAGCAGUAUGCUUGACGAGGCUGGCGAUAAUAUUAACAAAGUCAUUGAUAUGCAGACAAAGGAAGUUGAGAGAGGGUUGGCGCAGCAAGAGGCAGAGAUUCAAGAACAACAAAGACGUGCAGAACAGGAAAUGAUUUUGCAACAAAGGAUCUGUGGGCUUGGUAUGGGAGCUCCAGAACCUCCUGGAACACAGAUGCCGUAUGUGCAGCCACCAGCUCCGCAGCAGAGUCAUAUGCCACAACAAAGCAUUAUACCAGGGCAGAUUCCAGGACUUCGCCAUGCUUCUGUACCAUCAGCCGGACCUCAAGGGUACACUCCUCCACCACUAAACAACGCAGUUCCAGCAUAUCCUCAGGCGCCAGCACACCUUCAGGUUCCCGUCCUUGGUCAGGCGCCCGGGCAUGGUCAUUUUCCGACGCACAGUCAAGCUCCAGGACAAGCUCAACUUCCAGGACAUAACCAUCCCCCAGCACAUCCCCUCUCCCAACCAGUCCCCCAACAAAGACAAGAUAGCGUAUCCACCGAAACAAGCACCACAAGCUCUGACGACCCUGAGAGUCGAAGAAUGCCGGCUACAGAGUUGAAGAAGCAGAAGCAAAAACACAGAGCUGCCAAGAGAAUGGCAAAGAUGAGGAGAGAGCGGCAGAGGGGCGACUUUUGUAAGCGCUGUGGACGUUGUUGA